AUGCAUGUAAGAGAGGUGGAGCAAUCAGAUGGAAAGGAGAUCGAAGAUUAUCAGCGUCUGAUGACGGUGGCGGAGGGGAUCACGACGCUGCUGUUCCCCUUUCAGUGGCAGCACGUGUAUGUCCCCAUCCUUCCUGCCUCUCUCCUGCAUUUUCUGGAUGCUCCCGUUCCAUACCUGAUGGGACUGCAGUCCAAGGAGGGAACCGACCGCUCCAAGCUGGAGCUGCCUCAGGAGGCAAACUUGUGCUUUGUAGACAUCGAUAACCAUUUCAUCGAACUGCCAGAGGAAUUCCCCCAGUUCCCCAACAAGCUGGAGUUUAUCCAGGAAAUCUCUGAGGUUCUCCUGCAGUUUGGGAUCCCGCCAGAGGGUAACCUGCACUGCAGCGACAGCGCCACCAAACUCAAGAACCUGGUUCUUAGUGACUUGGUGAACGACAAGAAGAACGGGAACAUCUCCAGCAAUGCCCUCAACAUGUAUGAGCUGCUGAAAGGCAACGAGACGAUCGCCCGCCUGCAAGCCCUUGCCAAAAGAACGGGCGUGACGAUGGAAAAAAUGGCCAUCACGGCUCCCCUCGCGGAGAAGGAGAAGGAUGGGAAAUUGCCAUGUGAGGACGUGGAGCUGAGGGACUACAAACUGAAUGUGCAGCUUCGCGAGGUUUUCGCCAACCGCUUCACACAGAUGUUUGCAGACUACGAGGCUUUCGUCAUUCAGGCUGCCCCCGAUAUGGAGUCGUGGCUGACAAACAGGGAACAAAUGCAAAACUUUGACAAAGCUUCCUUCCUUUCGGACCAACCUGAGCCUUACCUCCCAUUCCUUUCACACUUCAUCGAAACACAGAUGUUUGCAACCUUCAUAGACAAUAAGAUAAUCUCCCAGUGGGAAGAGAAGGACCCUUUUCUGCGAGUUUUUGACUCCCGAAUUGAGAAAAUAAGGCUAUAUAAUGUAAGGGCCCCUGCACUGCGGACAUCCAACUAUCAGAAAUGCAGCACUUUGAAAGAAGCAGCCCAAUCCAUCGAGCAGCGGCUGAUGAAGAUCGAUCACACAGCUAUCCACCCGCACUUACUUGAUAUGAAGAUCGGCCAAGGGAAAUACGAACAAGGAUUUUUCCCAAAGUUGCAAUCGGAUGUCUUGGCAACGGGACCCACCAAUAACAACCGCUGGGCCAGUCGCAGCACCACCGCGCAGCGGAGGAAAGACCGCCUGCGGCAGCACUCGGAGCACAUCGGGCUGGACAACGAUUUGAGGGAGAAAUACAUGCAGGAGGCGAGGAGUUUAGGAAAAAAUUUAAGGCAGCCCAAACUCUCAGACCUCUCUCCAGCUGUGAUUGCGCAGACCAACUGGAAAUUUGUGGAAGGGCUGCUGAAGGAAUGUCGCAUGAAGACUAAACGCAUGUUGGUAGAGAAGAUGGGCCAUGAAGCAGUGGAGCUGGGACAUGGAGAAGCCAACAUAACCGGUCUGGAGGAGAAUACGUUGAUUGCUAGUCUCUGUGAUCUGCUAGAAAGAAUCUGGAGCCAUGGUCUGCAGGUGAAGCAGGGGAAAUCUGCUUUGUGGUCCCAUUUACUUCAGUACCAGGAGAGAGAAGAGAAGCAAGAGCAUAGUGCAGAGUCCCCAGUUGCUGUUGGAACGGAAAGAAGAAAGUCUGAUACAGGAAUUACUCUGCCUACUUUGAGGGUUUCCCUGAUACAAGAUAUGAGGCAUGUUCAGAACAUGAGUGAGAUAAAGACGGAUGUGGGGCGAGCCCGAGCCUGGAUAAGGCUUUCUCUGGAGAAGAAGCUUUUGUCUCAGCACCUGAAGCAGCUACUUUCCAACCAGGCACUUGCCAAGAAACUUUACAAGCGUUACGCUUUCCUGCGCUGUGAAGAAGAACGGGAACAGUUUCUGUAUCACCUGCUCUCACUCAAUGCUGUGGAUUACUUCUGCUUCACAAGCGUCUUCACCACAAUCA